UAUCUGCUAAAACCCUAGCCCCCUAAAUCCGUGACACACUCCCUACAGAUAAACCCCCAUCAAUGACUCCACCCCAAAACAAUCCCCCGAAUUAAACAAACCCUAAACCCAAAUUCCCCCUCACCCUCAAAACCCUUCUUCAUUCUUCUUCUUCUUCUUCUUCCCUCAUCUGGGUCCUCUCUGAAAUGCUCCGAAGUGAUGCAGAAACUGCUCCGCAUAAGCCCACCAGGCCCCAUCUUAUGCACUCACGUUAACAAGCCCCCUCCUCCUUCUCCUUCCUCCUCCUCCACUCUCUCCUCUCUCGCUCGCGCUUUCAAAACCUCUGCUUCUUCCCACAUGCACGCCGCCGCUGCUUCACCCUUCCGCGGCGUCUCCGCCCUCGCCUACAACAAACACACCUCCUCCUCCUCUUCUUACCGCUUCAGCUGCACCCUCUGCCGCUGCUCCUCCUCCUCCGACAAGGCCCCGCUCCGGGCCUGGCCUGUGCUCAAAGACGCCGCCUUUUCCGGGUACCGGCCGGCGUGGCUUCACUCCGGCGCAGAUGGGCCGUUCUCGGUCUCCGCCGCCGCGGAGGCUUCCAAGGGUUUGGAAGCAGAGGAGGGUUUGGGAAAUGGUGGUGGUGGUGUAGAUAAGGGUUUGGAGGAUGGUGAGGUUGAGAAGAGUUCUGAGGAGAAGGUUAAGUUUAGUAGUAGCAGCCCCAGGAGGCAGAGGGCUGCCGGAGGCGGCGGCUCGGUGGUGGCUGGGAACCCGGACUUGUUGGCUAUUCCGGGUGUGGGGCCCAGGAACUUGAGGAAGCUGGUGCAGAAGGGUAUUGGUGGAGUUGCUGAGCUCAAGCAGUUGUAUAGAGAUAAGUUCUUUGGAAAAUCGAAUGAGCGGAUGGUUGAGUACUUACAAAGUUCGGUAGGAAUCAUCCACAAGAAUCAUGCUGAGAGUAUAACAAGUUAUAUCAAAGAGAGUGUUGAUGAGGAGUUGAAGGAGGAUAGUUCAAGCUCAGGAGGGAAGCCAGCCCGGAAGAAACGACUUACUUUCUGUGUUGAGGGAAACAUCAGUGUGGGAAAGUCGACCUUUCUGAAGGAAAUAGCAAACACUACUCUUGAGCUACAAGAUCUUGUUGAGGUGGUUCAAGAACCAAUUGACAAGUGGCAGGAUAUCGGACCUGACCAUUUUAACAUAUUGAAUGCUUUCUAUGCUGAGCCACAACGGUAUGCCUAUACCUUCCAGAAUUAUGUCUUUGUGACAAGAGUGAUGCAAGAGAGAGCGUCCUCUGGUAGUAUCAAGCCCCUGAGGUUGAUGGAAAGGAGUGUAUUUAGUGACAGAAUGGUUUUCGUACGAGCUGUCCAUGAAGCUAAGUGGAUGAAUGAGAUGGAGAUCAGCAUUUACGACUCCUGGUUUGAUCCUGUUGUAUCAAGCUUGCCUGGGCUCAUUCCUGAUGGUUUCAUAUAUCUUAGAGCAAGUCCCGAUACUUGUCACAAAAGAAUGAUGAAACGCCACAGAGCAGAAGAAGGUGGAGUGAGCCUAGAGUAUCUUCGGGACUUGCAUGAAAAACAUGAAAGUUGGCUUUUCCCCUUUGAGAGCGGCAAUCAUGGGGUAUUGUCUGUCAGUCAGGUUCCUUCACAUAUGGAUACCUCUUUACCUCCUGAUAUUAGAGACCGUGUGUUCUAUUUGGAGGGUAAUCAUAUGCAUCCAAGUAUUCAAAAGGUUCCUGCUUUGGUUCUUGACUGUGAGCCAAACAUUGAUUUCAAGAAAGAUAUUGAAGCAAAGAGGCAGUAUGCACGUCAAGUAUCAGAGUUCUUUGAAUAUGUGAAGAAAAAGCAAAACAUUCCAUCUGCGAAAGGUAAUGAAGAAGCUAAGAAAACUAGCCAGCCACAAAUAUUGCUGCCUCAGAAUGAAUUAUGGUCUCCUGAUGCGCCUUUCCCUGAGUCAGCCCUCAAAUCCUUGGACUUCCGACGAGCCAUGUCCAUGAUGUCUGGCUAGUGCCCCGGUUCUUCUAGUUUCUGCCCUUGAAGCCUUACCCGGAUACAGGUUAUGACUCUCAGAGUCAUCUCAUUUUGUUUCAAAUGUAUCUGGGUGAUGAUGUUGUUCAAAUCUUUCCAUGUAUGUAAAAAAAGUUUCUAACCCCUAGAGAUGAUGGUAGAGAAAAGUUGUAUGAUUGUUGAAGAUUCUAAAUUCGGUGCUUAGUUUCUGUGAAGCUUUAUUUCA